GAAGCAUUCUGAACCACACUGAGAUCCAAUUAAGCCGCUUAUACGUUUGUCUUUAAAUGAAGUUUUCACACGUGACCCGGAAGUGAGCCGGAAGUAAACAGAAAGAGGCGUAAGCAGCGCUAGCUUGAAACAAAUAGGAUAGUGAUGUUUUGUCUGGACGUUCGUGAGGUUUUUGGACAGACAGGACGAUACGUGGUUCGGUUCCGAACAAUCCUCUUUAGCUAAAGUGUCGUAAAUGAGUGAAUGCGUGUUGAACGUAAAGACAACGUGGCUGUGAUUGUGAGACUAGCAGAUGAUCGGAGCUGCUGCUGUUCAGAGGACUUUGGUGUUUGUUGGAGCUGAAGAUCUUCUGCAGCUGCAGGAACCAUGUCUUCGGAACCUCAGGAAGAUUCUGACAGAGAACAACCUUCUGCUGCUGAAGGAACCAUCGUCCAGAACGAGGAGGAGCUCUGUGAUCUGCAUAAACUGCUGGAUUUCAUCUGGAACCCGCAGCUUCAGCUCCACGUUGUUGCCCUCCCCCAGGACUAUCUGAGUGAAGAAGAGGUUCUAUGUAACCAGCAGAGGAACAGCAGUGUGGAUCAUGAGGAUCCAGAACCUCCUCAGGUGAAAGAGGAAAUUGAAGAACAAGAACCUUCUCAGAUUAAAGAGGAAUAUGAAGAACCAGAACCUCCAGAGAUUAAAGAUGAAAGAGAAAAAGCAGAAUCAUAUCAGAAUAAAGACAAACAGGAGGAACCAGAACCUCCACAGAUGAAAGAGGAACUAGAAGAAACAGAACCUUCACAGAUGAAAGAAGAACAGGAAGAACCGGAACCUCCAGAGAUUAAAGACGAAAGAGAAGAAUCAGAAUCUUAUCUGAUUAAAGAAGAACAGGAAGAACCAGAACCUCCACAGAUGAAAGAGGAACUGGAAGGUCUUUGCAUCAUUCAGGAUCUGAAGCAGGAGACUGAUACUUUGAUGGAGAUUCGUACUUGUGAGGAAGUCCUCCCCCAGCAUUAUAGGACUGAAGAGGAGUAUCUCUGGAACCAGCAGAGGAACUUCAAAGAGAAACACGAGGAACCAGAACCUCCAUACACUGAAGAGGGAUGGGGGCAACUAGAACCUUUACCAAUUAAAGAGGAGCAAGAGGAGACCUGCAUCAGUCAGGAUGAAGAACAACUUGAUCUGAAGAAGGAAACUGAUAUCUUGAUGGAGAUUCCUACUUUGGAGGAAAAUGAAUACAGUGAAACAGAUCUUAUCAAUCAGCAGAGUUUUAAUGUAACUAGUAGUCCGGAUGAUGAAGGAAACCAGCAUAAAGAAUCAACCUUAACUACAGAUGAAAAAACAGACCAACAAAACAGGAAGAAAAGAGACAAAAGUCAUAUCCUAAAUGUGGACAACUCCCACAUUUCAAAAAGUCAUUGUAGCUCUGAUGUUGGUAAAAAUUCAAAGAAAAAAACUUUGGUUAAGAAACACAAACAAUCUCCAAAAGAAAAAAGAAUUUCCUCUUUGAAGUCUGGUAAAAGCUCAAGAAAAGUUAACUCUCGUGUUGACAAAGACGUUACUGAGUCUGUCGAUAGACCUUAUGUCUGUAAGGAAUGCGAUACACGUUUUAGUCAAUUACCUAAUUUUAAAAAACACUUGAGAAAUCAUACAAAAGAGAAGUCUUUCUCUUGUAAGAGAUGUGACAAAAGUUUUAAGCAAAUAUUUGAUCUCAAAAGACACAUGAGAACUCACACGGGAGAGAAGCCUUUUGUUUGUAAAGAAUGUAAUACAGGUUUUAUUCAAAUGUCUGAUCUCAAGAGACACAUAAUACGUCACACAGGCGAGAGACCUUUUUCUUGUAAAGAAUGUAAUUCAAGUUUUUACCGACCAUUUGAUCUCCAAAGACACAUGAGAAGUCAUACAGGAGAAAAGCCUUAUUAUUGUAAACUAUGUGACAAACGUUUUAGUGAUGGAUCUCAUCUCAGAGCACACACGAGAACUCAUACAGAAGAGAAACCCUUUUCUUGUAAAGAAUGUAACAAAACAUUUUGUCUUCCGUCCUAUCUCAAAAAACACAUGAGAUCCCAUACAGGAGAGAGGCCUUUUUCUUGUGAACAAUGUGACAAACGUUUUAGUCGUAUAUCUCAUCUCCAAAGACACAUGAGAACUCACUCAUGAGCAAAGUCUUGUCUUUGUCAAACAAUGCAAUAAAGGAUUUAGUAUAAACAAAUCUUAUGAAAACUUGUAGCAGAAAUUUGGGAUUUAUAUUAAAAGGGAGUAAGAUGUGAAUAAAGUAAACUUUUUUCUUCCAUGAAGAAAGAAACUACUUCUUGGAGUCUUUGGUAUGACUCGACCGUGGAUUUGAACUCUCAACCAUCCAGUCUCAAGGAAGACACCACCACAAGACCACUGAGCUGGUAGAAAUCAAAGUCAGAAGAAUAUAGUUGAUUCUAAGGCACUUAACACUCCCCUCUGCUAACAAGCUGUAUUUGUUUUAUUUUCUGCAAUAUUGUUAACACAGUACAUCGAGUGCAAAAUAACUAAGAAUCGAUACAUUUCAAUGUACAUGUUACAAUUCUAUACAAUGAGUUUUACUGUUUGUAUUGAUUGACAAAAUAUAUUUUUUAACUAUACAUGUAAAUAGAAAUUUGUUGUUUUUAAUUAUUAAAGUUAAGUUUUAAUCGGU